UAAGUUCGUCUGCUGUAUGUAUAUGUGAACAUCCUCCACACAUAACACAUGUGCUGCGUUGAUUGCCGGUGGGGUCGUCGGGUCCAAAGUUCAGUAGAGACUCUUUUCCUUAAGCAUUUCCUCGGCUUCCAUUCAAUCAACAAGGUUGCCCAACCAGGUGUCAUUCAGAUUAGUUCACAAAACUCAACAUUAUGUUAAAGGGUGUAACAGCUUUCGUCACUGGGGGUGCAUCAGGCUUGGGGAGAGCCACUGUUGAGCGACUUUCCAAACAGGGUGCCAAUGUUGUUCUUGCUGAUCUGCCAUCCUCAGAUGGAGACACGGUUGCUAAAAGUCUGAGAAAUGUUGUAUUUGCUCCUGUAGAUGUUACAAAGGAGAAAGACGUUGAAGAUGGUUUGGAAGCUGCCACAAAAAAUUUUAAGAAUGUCAAUUUUGUUGUUAACUGUGCUGGAGUAGGUUUUGCUAAGAGAACUUUGGACUUGAAAAGAAACGCCCCUCAUUCUCUCACAGAUUUUGAAAGAGUUGUGCGGGUUAACACAGUAGGUACAUUUAAUGUUAUUAGACUUGCAGCAGCUGUUUUUCAAAAAAAUGAUCCUAACCCUGACGGAGCCAGGGGUGUCAUCGUAAACACUGCCAGUAUAGCUGCAUAUGAUGGCCAAAUAGGACAAGCUGCUUACGCAGCCAGCAAAGGUGCCAUAACUACCAUGACCCUGCCAAUUGCCAGGGAUUUGGGUCCUAUAGGAAUUAGAGUUGUCACAAUUGCACCAGGACUGUUUGAAACACCUCUACUGAAAGGACUUCCCGAGCCAGUGAGGAAAAACCUUGUGCAGUACUGCUCUUUCCCACCUCGUCUAGGAAAUCCGGAUGAGUUUGCCCAUUUGGUAGAACACAUUUGGCAAAACGGCAUGAUUAAUGGUUGCGUCAUUCGUCUUGAUGCUGGUAUGCGCAUGCCAGCUUAGUGGCAACGGUAAACAUUUUAUUACCAAUCUCUAUUUCAAUUUUAUUAGUGUUUUGUGAGUAGCUGAAGCCUCUUAACAAACCAGUAAAGUAGAUUUCCUGUUAUUUUUGAUACUGUGUUUUGUCCAUUAUAAAAUUCUACAAACUA